CAAACUCUAAUGGGGGUCCGAUGUCCGAUGUCGGGUCUCUUUUAUUUACGGGACUCUAAUCGCAGGUAAUGUGAAAUUUUUCUAGAUUUCUAGCAUCUCUUCCCAGAUAUCUUCUGGCGUUCUUUCUGGCGCCACUACGCGGCGACACCGACUGUCGCGAAGACGUUACGUCACGCAGAAACGACGUGCUAAUGGUUAAUGGCUUCCACGGCAUUCGGUCGAGCUAGGCCUUUAUGAGCGAGCCAGAAUCCAAUCCAAAGAAAACACAUGAGACAUGAUGCGAUCGGCCGAUAGAACUAUAAAAAUAUGAUCGCCUGAACUCUGUACGAUCACGACAGAGAUUCAUUUCUGGCCGGGGACAUCGGUCGUCCGCGAAUUACGUGCUGGAACUUGUUUGCGCGAAGAGGAAAACGACGUAACCAUUACGAAUUCUCAUCGACCUUUCGUCAUUGGUUUCGGCCCUGAUGCGAACAACAUCGAGGCUCCCCGCGACGUUGCAGGACAUACAUCGCACGAGGUGACAUGCCUAGCACUCGUGAUAUCGAACGGGCAGAACGUAAUGGGAGAUUUCGUUCACGAAGAAGAGGCAGUGCGAGCAGCGACGUGGUGAAUCGCCACAGCUUCGAUGGUAUUGACAAGCGACACAGGAGACAUGGCAAAAGUAAGAGUUCUGGAAAAAAAAAGAAGAAACGUUCACGAGAUAAGUCAUUAGAGACAAUUCCAACUGUAGCUUCAUCUGUUGUAAAACCAUUGGUCGAAUAUUCCGACGUAAGUAGCGAAGAUCUUUCAGAGCCUGAAGCGGGAGAGAUACAAUCGGAAGAUAGUCGUGCCAAUAGCUACACGGACGGAGAAGUACCUGAUUCGUCGUUUCUUCAAAGGCGAUAUUAUGGCAGUAGCCCAAUUCGUACUCUUGGAGCGUCGCCUAUCAGCAUAUCUCCAACACCGUCGGUUCAGCAUCGACAUUCCGAUAUGCGAUACUCCUUGUCAAACGAGCAACAACAAUCGACGACGAUGCAUGGUACGACACCAGAGUACGAAGAAGAAUCGAGGCGAUACGCCCGACGAAAAGAAAAGAAGCAUAAACGCGAGAAGAAGAAGAAAAGAAGUCUGAGCCCUUCAUCAAAUUCAGGGAAAAAGAAAAAAAGAAAAUCUAAGAGACAUUCUCAUAGCUUAAGCCCGCAUCACGGUAUUGUCGAGGAAAUUGGUUCAAGUCCAAGUCGUGAGAAACAAUCAAUUAUCGCUUCCGCUAAUUGGUCUGAAUCACCAUCGUUGCCACUCAAGGACAACAUGUCGCCUAUUUCACCGGCUACGCCACGCGAACAGAGAUGUCCUAGUGACGACGUGGAAUUGGAAUUGUCGAGGCAAUCUCGCAACGUGACACCACCGUCUCUUUUAUUGACGCGGCAGAUAGAAUCUCCGCAUACACCUUUAAUGCCUCCAUGCGCCACGACGCCGGAGAAUUUGAAUAAAGGACUAGUUGCCGUGCCAAAGCACAGCAGUCCUGAUCGACAGAAACUUAGUCCCAGUAUCCACAUAACGCGCCGGGCCAGCGUUAGUCCUGGACACAUCGUUAUAAAUCGUAGGAAGCCGCACAGCCCGAGUCCACCGUCAAGACGAAGGGAUCACAGUCCACCGCCACGAAGAAGAGACUUUAGUCCUACUCCGGUACUCCAUAGACUUAGGCACAGCCCAAGCCCGGCUACCGUCAGACGACGAGAGUUUAGCCCGAGUCCUGGAAGUAGCCACAGACGACGAACGGAUAGUGGAAUUAUCUCCCCUAAACGUAGAAGACGAGACGAAUCCGAUCGACGUGGCCACCGGCUUCAUGAUAAGGAUAGGAGGGACAAACGGAAAUCGAGAUCGACAAGGAGUCCUACUGGGAGCAGAUUACAUUUACCUUUGUCUCGAUCACGAUCGCGCAGUCCAGGAAGAUGGCGGAAAUUAUCUCGCUCGAGGUCACGUUCGCGUCCCAGAAGAAGUCGCACCCCAAAGAGAUCUCGCUCACCCAGCAAGUCCUGCAAGGCUUCGAGGAAACUCAAAUCAAAGAGCCCGCGUCCUAGGAUACCUUCUCCUUCUCCUCAUAGAUCCCGAGCUAGAAGCCCAUCGAGCAUUACCGCCCGAAAUCUUCGAGUACAAGCGAAAAUUAGCGAGACCAGUCUGUUUGCAGAACUCGUUAAGGACCGUAAUAUGAGAGAAUUGGCAUUUAAGAAGUUGCAGGCUGCAAAGGAAAAGGUCGGGAAUCAAGAUGAAGUGCAAAUCAUAGAGGGCUCCGACGAGAAGGACGGCGAUGGCGGCAACGCGUCCUGCGAGAAUAAAGCUUCCACUGACAAUAAAGACAAACCUAUAAAUCACAAGGAGCAGCACGCAAAGGCUGGCGAUAGUGUGGUCGACGUAACCGAUAUCCCUGUUCCGAUGAGUGACGACAGCACUAUAGCGUGCAAAACGCCACCAUUGCCACCAACUGGUCAACCACCUAAUGUACCAUUGCCUAAUCCGAUGUCUGCUGCAAUCAAUCCGCUUGCUUCUCACACAGUUGUACAUACUUCGCCUAAUCCACCAUCGGUGAUGCCCAACAAUUGUCCGAUCGUCAUGUCACACAGCCCGAAUUUCCCGGCUCCUGCUCCUGCAGUGCAACCACCACCACCGCCGCCGCCACCACCAUUGCCGCAACCUGCCGAACCUGCACCAACAGUCUUGGUUGGCGGGCAAGUGCCUACUCCUAUACCCAUGUCGGUGCCGCCAAUCCCGUCGACACCGGUUCUGCCCAACAUGUCUGUCCCACCGCCACCCAUUCCACCUAUUCCCGUUCCAGCGCCCAAUACAAUCAUGUCAAAAUUUAAUCCACCCAAUAAUCUUGUACCACUUAAAUCUGUGGAUCCUCCCAAGCCUCCCAUAGUAACGUUCACAACCAAAAGCUUAAAGAGACUACCUUUGCCACCUGGCAUUAAUCAGAAUGAUUUGGAAAGCAUAGAUUCCCCACCGAGCCGUUCUCCAAGUCCUCCAAGCAAAGCGCAGUUGAAGUUCUCGGCAUUAACGAAACCAAUGCAAAAAAAGGGUAUCAAGGACCUGCCAAUGCCACCGGUUGUACCUGGAUCGGAGGAUUUGAGCGGCGAGGAUGAUCCAAAUGCAACGCCGCCGCGUUUGAAGGUCGAACGAGUAGCACCAAAGCCAAAAUUGAAAAGACCGAAAAUACUAAAACGCAGAGGAUCGCGAAACUGUCAUGCUCCCAUGUCGGCUUCCGGCGGUAAAGAUUGGGGUGAACGAUGCGUCGACGUAUUCGAGUUUAUUGCUCAGAUUGGAGAGGGUACAUAUGGACAAGUGUAUAAAGCACGAGAUAAACGAUCCGGUGUAAUGGUAGCUUUGAAAAAAGUCCGACUUGAAAAUGAGAAGGAAGGCUUUCCUAUCACGGCGGUCAGAGAAAUAAAAAUCCUGCGACAACUCAAUCAUAAGAACAUUGUUAACCUUAGAGAAAUUGUUACUGACAAACAAGAUGCAUUAGACUUCCGAAAGGAUAAAGGUUCCUUUUACUUAGUUUUUGAAUAUAUGGACCAUGAUUUGAUGGGUCUGUUAGAAUCUGGCAUGGUGGAUUUCAACGAAAUGAAUAAUGCCAGUAUCAUGAAGCAGUUGUUGGAUGGUUUGAAUUAUUGCCACAGCAAAAAUUUUCUUCACCGGGAUAUUAAAUGCUCAAAUAUAUUGAUGAACAACAAGGGCGAAGUUAAACUAGCUGACUUUGGAUUGGCACGACUUUAUAAUGCAGAGGAUAGACAGAGACCGUAUACUAAUAAGGUGAUCACUUUGUGGUAUAGACCCCCCGAACUUUUACUGGGAGAAGAGCGUUAUGGACCUGCAAUUGAUGUCUGGAGUUGCGGAUGUAUCUUGGGAGAAUUAUUUUCUAAAAAACCUUUAUUUCAAGCCAAUGUAGAUAUGAUGCAAUUAGAGAUGAUUUCAAGGGUUUGUGGGACGCCCACUCCUGCUGUAUGGCCUUCUGUGAUAAAAUUACCACAUUGGCAUACACUUAAGCCAAAAAAGCAGCAUAGGAGACGUCUCAGAGAGGAUUUCGCCUUUAUGCCAGGAGCAGCCUUGGAUCUCCUGGAUAAAAUGUUAGAAUUGGAUCCUGAGAAGCGGAUAACGGCAGCUGAUGCGCUUAAAAGUGCUUGGUUGAAAAACGUUCAACCCGAACAGAUGCCAGCGCCACAACUUCCAACUUGGCAAGAUUGUCAUGAACUCUGGAGUAAAAAGCGAAAGCGUUUGUUACGGGAACAGCAAGAGAGUGCUACAACAAAAUUGCCUCUGCUUCCCUUUCCAAAUAAAGGAGGUCCCAACAAGGAUGAUCUGUCAGAUGUCGGGGGGUCCUCUAAACGACUAAAGAUGGAAGCAGGCUAUAACUCAUACCCGAGCAGGCUUGGCGCAGAAGCUCAUUAUGGUGAAGAUAAUUUGUUUAAUCAAAGCGGGCCGUACAUAGUGUCUACGCCAUCGUACUAUUUUAAUACUUCACCCAUUAAAUCGCAGUCGAAUCUGAAGGGAGAUAAAUCAUUGGAGUGUACAGAAGAUAGUCUAUCCCGGAGACUGAUAAUUCUCUCGAACGCCUUGAAUCAGGGAAAACCGAUUCGAGUCGACGAUCUUCUCGCGUUGCGGUCAGAACAGAAUGAGUGCGAUCCCAAAGUGGUACAGUUAUUGGGAGAUCUACGCGCGGAGCUUCGUCUUAUCGCAAACGCUCGACCAGGUGGACAACUGGAUCCUCAUCUUCCCAUAUUGAUCCCACCUCUUCUAGAUACACCGCAUAUGUCAGGCAAUUUUGAUGCGCACGCGGUGUAUGCCGGCGACGAUGCCGUGAGCUCUCACUGGAGGUGGUCCCAGUUGGCCACUGCUGGUGUUCGGAGCGCUUUGUCGGCGCUCAUAUCGUAUCAUGGUCUGGAUAACGUCUAUAACCCUGCUACUUCUGCGUCUGCCAUCGGCCGAUUAUUGUCAAAUAAACCGCCAGGACAACCCAACCUGGCGCAAAACCUUUUCCUGCCCUCAACUUCCUCGCAACAAUCUACUUUUAAUUCGUAAUGUGAUUUUACAAAGUCGUACGGUUCAUGACCGUGUUUCGUGUAUGUUGUAUGUGUGCGUAUGUAUGAAAUUAGAAAGAAUCUAUAAAUCGCUAUUUUUCAAAUUACGCUGGUGACAUAGAGAGAUAGAGAGACUGAGAGAAGAGAGAGCGAGCGAGCGUGCGAGAAAGAAAGAUGAUACAAUCAUAUCAUCGAUUUGUGUACAGUCUCCAUUAUCACUCCAUUAGUUCUAAGUGCACGUUCAAUGUAUAAUUGUAUAAUAUGCGACCAGAUACUUAAUUAGAAUACAACUUCUCUUUCAAUGACAAUGGUAUUACAGUUAUCAUGAUACUUAUCAAAUUGCUAAUGAUACCGAUUAUUUCCAAGUUAUUUUUCGAUCAAUCAUGCGUUGAAGAAUAUUCUCUGACGUUUCUUUCCUGCAUCAUUACGAAAGGUCU